AUGGUGGAUACCCGUAAGGGGUCUUAUGUGCCUAAGCAGUCUGAAGAUGCAGCUGAUGCCAUCACUUCUUUGCCUUCUCCAGGAGAGGCCACCAGUAGGUUGCAGGAGUCUUUACGUUCUGAGGUUGUGCCUGAAGUCAGGGAGUCUGCUGGUCCUGUUUCUUCUACUGUGCAUGCACAUCGAGCUUCUGAGGCCACUGUAUCGGAUAUAGAUUUAGAUGAUCAGGAUAAUGUUUCGUUAAUCCGUUUAUUAAAGAAACCCUCAGAGCCAGUUACAGUCGAGAGGCUCCCUUUUGAUCCCCAGGCUAGGAGAAAUGUUACCAUAAAAACUGGUAAAAAGAAAAUCCCUGCAAAUGUUCCAUCUGUUCCCAUUGAUGAAAUUUCUUUUCAUCACGAGGAAAGCGUUCAAUGUUGGAAGUUUGUGAUGCAGAGGAGAAUUAUCGAUGAGUUAAUUAGAGAAUUUAUUGUCAAUCUACCUGAUGAGUUUAAUGAUCUGAGUAGUGCUAACUAUCAGACGGUGCAUAUUAGAGUGUUCAAAUUUGUGAUUUCACCUGCUAUGAUAAAUGGUUUUCUUGGAAAUCCUGUUGAUAUUGACUGCUCUCCAUCAUGUCCUACUACUGAGGUUCUAGCUACUGUUUUAUCUGAAGGGACCUUGUCCACAUGGCCUGUGAAUGGAAUCCCUGCAGCUGCUCUCAGGAUCAAGUAUGCCAUUCUGCACAAGAUUGGCAUUGCCAAUUGGUUCCCUUCGUCACAUGCCUCAAGCAUAUCUGCUGCCUUAGGUACAUUCAUGUAUCAAAUUUUCAAUGAUGAUAAAGUAGAUACGGGUGCCUUUAUUUACAAUCAACUAUUGAGGCAUGUUGGGUCGUUUUGGGUCAAGGUUCCCAUUGCUUUUCUGAGGUUGUUCUCCAGUCAUGGAGCGGUGCUUACUGUAUUUGAUGCUUCUAGACCUGAACCUAAGACAAUUGCACUUAGCUACAGACUCUUUCAAGGCAGUCAUGUGCCUGAUAUUGACCAUGAUGUGCAUCCAACUCAGGGCCGACGUAUUUUUGACACUACUGACUGGGAUGACUCUACUAAAGGCUUCUAUGUGGAUCGUGAGUUAGCUAUCCGCAUUAUUAAUUCCUUGAUUGUGAAUCUCGUGCACUGA